AUGAGCAGCGGCGGCGAAUGGCUAUCGAUUGAGGAUUUGAUGGAGAAGAUUAGCAAUAAAUCGGCAACACAGCGAAAGAUGUCGCAGGCCAAUCAUUUGUCGUAUUCGGCGCGUAUGCGCGGUAGAUCAAAACAGCCGGUCUACACGUCCGACAAACGCGCGAAAUUCACACAACGCGAGAGCAAAAAAUGGAUUCGAUUUGUCACCGUUCUCGGCUACAUUUUCGCCGUCUCGCUUCCGGCCGUCUCAUUGAGCAUCUAUUACAUAUACGUAUGGGAUCCGGGAUAUAUUGCAAAGUUUCCGCCGGAGAACCUCAACCGAACGCCGCCAAUUCAAAAAGUGCCGAUCAUUUCGAAGCGCAGCGAUUCGGCGGAAACGCCGCCGCCGCCGCCGAUCGAUCGCCAUCUCGAUUUGUCGAAAAUCCUCAGCGACGGUCUCAAUUCGAUGGAAUCCAAAGAAUCAAUUCCCAUUCAAUCGUAA